CUUCUCUCUUUAUGUGGUAUUUCUUCACCAGUCUCUCAAUCAUCUUCUUUGCUAACAAGACUAUACUCGAGUGAUUCUCUGUCCCCGAUUAUGAUCUAUCUAGAUUUCACAGCCUAAACUUCUUGCACAAGAAGAAUAUAUUGUGAGUAAUCUAUUGGAAUUUAAAAAAAAAAACAAAGGAAAGACGCAGCAAUGAGAGAAGAAAAUGAUUAUGGAGCAGAACCAAGGGAGAGAACGUUGGGUCUAACACCAACUUGGUCCGUUGCUACAGUUUUGACUGUCUUUGUAGUUGUUUCUUUGAUUGUUGAGCGUUCCAUUCAUCGGCUUAGUAACUGGUUGCGGAAAACAAAGAGGAAACCUUUGUUUGCUGCAUUAGAGAAAAUGAAAGAAGAGCUGAUGCUGCUCGGAUUCAUAUCUCUUCUUCUUACAGCUAUCUCUAGCACAAUAGCUAACAUAUGCGUUUCUUCAAGUUUCUACGACAACAGAUUUGUCCCAUGUUCCCGGUCUGAGAUCAUUGAGGAACAUGAUAGUACUAUUUCAUCUGUCAAACGGACUCGGUUGACGAGAUCUCCUUUCUUCCACAUCUUGAGGAGAAGAUUGGUUGGCAUUGGCGAGACUACUUGCAGUGAGGGACAUGAGCCAUUUGUUUCAUAUGAAGGCAUGGAACAAUUGCAUCGCUUCAUAUUUAUAAUGGCAGUCACACAUGUAACUUACAGCUGCUUGACUAUGCUCCUUGCAAUCGUGAAGAUUCAUAGAUGGAGGAUCUGGGAAGACGAGGCUCAGAUGGAUCGAAAUGAUUGCUUAACAGUGGUCGCACGUGAGAAGAUAUUGAGAAGGCAAACAACAUUUGUUCAAUAUCAUACAUCUGCUCCUCUGGUCAAGAAUAGAUUACUUGUAUGGGUGAUAUGUUUCUUUCGGCAAUUAGGACACUCCGUUGUUCGUCCUGACUAUCUAACACUCCGCAAGGGAUUCAUCAUGAAUCAUCACCUAACAUUGACAUACGAUUUUCAUAGCUAUAUGAUCCGCUCUAUGGAGGAAGAGUUCCAAAAGAUUGUCGGUGUCAGUGGGCCACUCUGGGGAUUUGUAGUUGCUUUCAUGCUUUUUAACAUCAAAGGGUCAAAUCUUUAUUUCUGGUUAGCAAUCAUUCCAAUAGCUCUUGUUCUUUUCGUUGGUGCAAAGUUGCAACAUGUAAUCGCAACUUUAGUAUUGGAGAACGCUGGGAUAACAGAAUAUGCUUCUGGUGUUAAAUUGAGACCUCGUGAUGAACUUUUCUGGUUCAAGAAACCAGAAUUACUCUUAUCCCUUAUCCACUUCAUUCAGUUUCAGAAUGCCUUUGAGCUGGCUUCGUUCUUCUGGUUUUGGUGGCAAUUUGGAUACAACUCUUGCUUCCUUAGGAAUCAUUUACUUGUCUACUUGCGAUUAAUUCUAGGGUUUGCUGGACAGUUUUUAUGUAGCUACAGCACAUUGCCACUCUAUGCACUUGUCACUCAGAUGGGAACAAAUUACAAGGCAGCGUUGUUACCUCAGAGGGUAAGAGAUACAAUAAACGGUUGGGGAAAAGCAACCAGAAGAAGAAGACGGCAUGGUUUAUAUGGAGAUGAUUCGACUAUUCGAACAGAAACAAGCACAAUCGCAUCAGUUGAAGAAUACGAUCAUCAAGUGCUUGAUGAUGUUCCUGAAACCUCUCCAGCUCAAGGUACUGAUCAUGAGCUGGAGCUUGUUAAAAACUGGGAAGCUUCUAUCACAGUAGCUAAUGAAAAUUCUAGUCGGGUUGGAACACCCCUCUUGCAACCUUGUGCGUCAACAUCGCCAACGACUUUCUCAAAGUUACAGACAGAAACCACAGAAUCACUUUCAAGGUCGUCCUCACUGCCAGUGAAAAGAUAA